AAACACUGUCAUUGCUUAUACCGUUUAUUGUUUACCUCUUACAUUACAUUGACAACUUUUCUUUGAAAAGAGAAUCUAGUAUUUCUUAAACGAACAGACUUGAACAAGCAGGUCAUAGUUCUGAAAAGUUCAUCUUAUUUCACUUUACACAUAUAAUUGUCUCUACAUUCUUAGCGUUGCACAAAAUGUACCCUCAAAAACAUGAUUACGAGACUGACAGACGUUACAGUUAUUUAAAGGUGUAAUGUUUGACGCAAAUGCUCUAAUACGUUUCUUGUAUGAUGCAAGAUUUAUAACUGAUUUGAAUAACAUAUUUACUACUUCAAGGAAUAUUCUCAUCAGUGAUGUUCAAAACAUUUGAAGCUGAAGGCAAGUUUAGGAACCUCACCUCACGUCUGAGAGAGGUCAUCGACAAAGCAGGUAGAACAGUUGUGGGCAGAUCCAUGGCUGCAAUAUGCAACUUGAAGAACUGUGACGCUCGUCCCGAUACCGUUAUCUGUGACGCUCUGUUGAUAUCGAAAUCCAUUCCCCAACACUGCUCACCUUCAUUGAGGACAACGAAGACAGUGAUGGAAGUAUCUCAGCCUUUAACAUCGAGGGCACAGAUGACUCAGAGGAAGAAAGACAAUACAACAAAUCCGUAGCCAAGGCAUUGACGUAUGCACGAUAUUUCACGGAUGAACCAUUUGAUGUGAUCUACGGAGUUAUCAGGUCCGAAGAUACUAAGACAACCAAAGCAUUUAACAGGAGACUGUCAACAUUGAAAGAAGAGACAUCAACAUAUAGUAUUGGUAGUAAUCUGUUGAUGUCUGAAGAAAGAUGUUUGAAAAUCCACAAAGCCUUCAUCAUGAUGUCUGCUCUAUCUGACCAUCGGUCAUUGGUAACUGUUGAUGAGGAUACUGGCAGGGCGUCCCACUAUGUUACACCUGUGGACAUGUACCGUAAGCUAAUGCUUCACAUAGAUUCCAUCUUCAGUGCGAAAAAUGAAUCACACAGAGAUGAGACUCUGAAUUUACUGUUGAAUGAACGAAUCUCUAAAACAGGAAAAAGGGAGGUGGACAAGUGGAAAAGUGGAACGGGUACGGCAGAUGAUGUAAACAUUGGCGAGCAGUCUGUAUUAAAAGAAAAACGACAACGUGACAAAGGUAAAUACGCAAAACACAAUACAAUGUGUCUCCGCAGCAGGCCAUUGGAACAGAUACCACAAAACAUGACAGUGAAGGGUAUCCGGUUUUUCUCGGGAUCACUUUGA